AUGACUUUUCGCGGAAAUUGGCGACCUCGGGGCUAUCCGAGCAACCGAAGGGGGUCGAACAACUUCAGAAGUAAUAACCAGCCGGAAACCCCCUGUCUGUAUUUCCAGCGUGGCAGGUGUCACUAUGGUGAACGUUGCAGAUUCUUGCACGAAGUGACCCGGGCUACCGAUGCCAGACCUAAUCCAAAGGGUUUACAGCCUACAGCCGACGACCUAGACGCUCGAAACCAAUACUUCGAUUGGAAGAGGCGUCUUAGAAAUGGGAUUUCUGGGCCCGGGUAUUCUCGAAGAGAGCAUGAAGAGAUCUUUCAAUUCUGGAACGGUGCUCUCGACAUUCUUGAAAGCGACAACAGAGAGAAUCACCAGUUCCUCGUCAAAGACCUCGUCGAUGACAACUUUCAUGGACAUGAGCUUAUCAUUGCAACUGCAGACUCAGAUCACCCAGAGGGUCUUCAAUCUGUCUCAGCUUACGAUGAGCCGUUUCUCAAAGUAAUCACCCAUCCUUCUCUUUUGAACUGCCUUUCUGUCGAUUCAUUUGUUGGCACUCUAUACACAUCUUUCGGUGGCACAAAUGGAGAUCGAGCAGUCGCAUUUUUGAGAAGCGUCUGUCGGAAGCUGAUAAACAGAUGGGAGGAUACCGGAGACGAUGUUCCCAUACUUCCGGACAUAAUGAAGUUGCUUUUGAAUGCCCUCUAUCAGCUUUUGUCAAGAGUCCAACGGGCUCGAUUCCACGAUGACCUUCCGGCACUACUCGAGCUCACCCGUCAACUGGUCCAAAAACUGACAGGAACAUGCUCCAAGGCCGAUCUUGACGGAUUUGAAAGCAGAAUAGAAGUCAUGCAGAGCCUGAUCACCAGCGCAAACCGAAGUCUUGCCCCGCUCAGAGGGCCUGAAGCAAAUCCCCAGAAGGCUGGGCAAGUCCAAUCAUCCUUCCCAAUGGAUAUACAAAUCCCUGGCGGUAGACACGACAAUGACCUCGCAGAAAUAUCUCAAAUUCAGAUUCUUCCAACUCACGGGGAGAUUGUGAGCGGAAACUCGGAAUAUUUACCGUCUACCAACUUUCUUCAGCCGCACUUUCUCGCUGACCCUCUUCAGAGAUACAUUGACUCUAUGUUCCGGCUUCUGCGUCAUGACAUCUUCGGCUCAGCCAAGGAUGCCCUUCAAGAUCUGCUCCAACAGGAUGACCUGGCGCGUAAUCCUUAUAUCUCAGGCAAAAAUAGCGGAACACGUCUUUAUCUGGGAGCGAAAAUCCCGCAUAUCUUUAUCAAUGCGAAGAAUGAGCUUGAAGCAAAUGUUUCUUUCUCUCCUCCUCCGCAACUCCGCAAAAAGUCCUCCAGCGAGCAAUGCAGAUGGUGGCAAGACUCCAGUCAACUAGAGGAAGGAAGUCUGGUGUGCUUCUUAACCUCGCAAGGAACUCAAAAAAGGCUUAUCUUCUUCGACGUCACUGUCAAGAAUGCAUCCAAGGACCGAGCGGACCAGAAGAAAAGUAGCCUUGUUUCUGACAGACUUUCACCUAGCAUUACGGUCAAACUUGCUGCAUGCCUAGAGCAAAGCUUGGUGUUCCUGGGCGAGCUUUACAGCGAGAAGCUCACCGGUAUACUUGUCGACUUCCACGGGUUGAUCCCUGCCACAUUUACCCCCAUCCUGAGAAACCUUCAACGAGUUCAACGCGAGGGGGAAUUGACAUUCCGGAAAUGGGUUUUGCCAGGCCGUCAAGACGAUGGGGACGGCAACAACAUACCCCCGCCAGCAUACGCUCGCAAGCCGGGAUUUGUUUUUCCCCUGACUUCGAUCACAAAAGUUGGAGCUGAUAAGGUCGGAUUGGACCCAAAUACUCCCAAAACCAUUGACAUCUUGAAACUACAAACUCAAACUGGUCUCGACCAUGGCCAAUGCCAGGGGCUUAUAGCUGCUCUUACACGAGAGUAUGCCCUCAUACAAGGCCCACCGGGAACUGGAAAGUCUUAUGUGGGUGUCAAACUCGUUCAAGCUCUCCUCGACAUCAAGUCUCAGACAAAGUUGGGGCCAAUUCUGGUUAUCUGCUAUACAAACCAUGCCUUGGAUCAAUUCUUGAAGCAUCUUCUUGAUGUUGGUAUCGAGAAAAUUAUGCGUAUUGGCGGCCGCAGUCAGGCCACUGAACUUGAAGGCAAGAACCUUCGCGUUGUCAGCAAAACCAUCGGGAAGACAAGGGUAGAGUCUCAGACCCUCGGCAAAAACUACGGAGAGCUUGAAGAGUGUAUGAAACAAGCUGGGUACUCAAUAAAGCCUCUACAUCAGUUCCAGAAAGGCCUGACUUGGGCCGCAUUGGAGCAUUUUUUGCGCCGCAAAUGGCCCAUUAUACAUAGGCAGCUGGAGCAGCCAGAUCUGGAGGGGUUCCAGACUGUCACCGACGAUGUACUACUCAGCUGGCUUGGGGUAAAAUCGCUGAAAAGUCAGACAGCCCAGGGUGAAAAUGAGGUUGACAAUUUGCGCUUUGAAGGCCUCACACGCAGUGCCGAGCAAAAUAUCCACAGUCUCUCGAUGCCGGAGCGCCGGAUCCUUGCGAUUAGCUGGUUCAAGCUAUGGCAGAAAAGUGAGACUGCUUCACUUUUUGAGGCCCUUGAUCGUGCUGCAAAACUUCGUGGAGAGAUAAAUGCAGUGCACGAAGAGAUCAACCGUCGAGCCCUGAUCCAGGCGGAUGUGGUGGGCAUCACAACCACGGGCCUUGCACGCAAUAUUGAGACACUACGCCGCAUAGGAACGAAAGUCAUCAUAUGUGAAGAGGCAGCUGAGGUGAUGGAACCUCAUGUCAUCUCAGCUCUCAUGCCGGGUGUUGAGCACUUCAUCCAAAUUGGUGAUCACCGACAGCUGCGACCACAGAUUCAAAAUCACUCACUCAGCCUUGAAACACCAAUUGGAAGGAAUUGGCAGCUAGACAGGAGCCAAUUUGAGAGACGUGCUGUCGGCGAGCCAGGUCUCAGGCCUGUAUCUGUUGCACAACUCAAUGUACAGCGAAGAAUGAGACCUGAGAUCUCGCAGCUUAUCAGGAGUGUGUAUCCAAAGCUCGAGGAUCAUGAGAGCGUCACAGCUCUACCUAAUGUUGUUGGAAUGCGACAUAACCUCUUCUGGCUGGACCAUCGAUGUGACGAGGACUCGAGAGAUGACGGCAGCCGUGUGAAGUCUCAUAGCAACCAGUGGGAGGUCGAUAUGGCUACCGCUCUGGUACGUCACCUUGUUCGGCAGGGGGAGUACAAAAGCACAGAUAUCGCCCUCCUCACCCCAUAUACUGGACAGCUACGGAAACUGAGAGCAUCUCUCAGCAAUGACUUCGAAAUUUGUCUCAGCGAGCGGGACUUGGAGACUUUGGCGGCGGAUGGGCUCGAGACAUUUGAAGAUGAGACCCGUAACCCUCUCGAAAAUGAGACUCCCCAGCCACAGGGUAAAAGGACAAUCGAAAAGAAGACAUUGCUCCAGACGCUCCGUCUUGCUACGGUUGACAAUUUCCAAGGUGAAGAGGCAAAGGUGAUUGUUGUCUCCCUUGUUCGCAGCAAUUCGAAGCGCCAAGUUGGCUUCCUACGCACCGAAAACCGCAUCAACGUGCUUCUCAGCCGAGCUCAGCAUGGCAUGUACUUGAUUGGAAAUGCUGAGACAUACCUCAAUGUCCCAAUGUGGGCUGAUGUUCACUCUCAGCUCGCCCGCACGAAUGCAGUCGGUACAGAGUUGGCACUAUGCUGCCCUCGCCACUCAGACACGCCUAUUCUCUGUUCCGAGCCGCAAGACUUUGAGAGAAAGAGCCCUGAAGGUGGAUGUAGCCUCCCAUGCGACCGUCGACUUGAGCCAUGCGGUCAUCAAUGCCAGGCAAAGUGCCAUUCAUCAGUCAUGCACGACGGCUUUGCAUGCGGCAAACCUUGCCCACGAAUUCGUUCAUCUUGUGAGCACAAGUGCCCCAAGCUCUGCGGUGAAGAUUGCGGUCUUUGCAUGACGAGGAUUAAUGACGUGGAGCUUCCCUGCGGUCAUAUCAAGAAUACUGUCAUGUGUCAUCAGAUGCACAACUUGAAAGCCAUCAAGUGUGACGUCAAGGUGGAAAAGACAGCUCCCAAGUGUGCUCAUAAAGUCCAGUGCAGUGACAAGGGAGAUGCUCGUGUUGACUUCCUCGAGAUGAAACCCUAUUCCAAGAUCAACCUCGACAAAAAUCCAAUCAUCGUACUUGGAUGCGGUCACUUCUUCACGAGUGAGUCGAUCGAUGGCAUGGUUGGUCUGGAUGAAGUAUACACGAGAGACAAAGAUGGCAAAUUCGGCGGCCUCCGAGAUAUCUCUGCUUCUCUUGCUAGUGCGGUCCCAUCAUGCCCGGACUGUAAGCUGCCCAUCCGCCAGUUCGUGACAAAGCGGUACAAUCGUGUCAUCAACCGUGCUGUUAUGGAUGAGACUUGCAAGCGGUUUCUUACCAAGGGUCGCGCCGACCUUGAAAAUCUUCAAUCGCGUCUGAAUAACAUUGAAGCUGAUUUCAAUCCCACCAAGUUCGCGCCAUCGACGUCAGAAAAGCUUAGAACAUCUUCCAAGUUCUCAACGCGAUAUGUUAACUGUGACCGCCUUGAGAAAGAAGCUUCAGCUUUCAGCAAAAUGAUGGAGGCCGAGCAUCAGCCGACGAAACGGCUCAUAGAUGCAAUUGCCAUCUACCAGUUGUCACCAAGGGAUGACAUAGUCUCUAUAUCAGCCCAGAUGAACGCGAUGAAGAUAGCCAAACGAGAGCCCGAUAAACAGAUUACCCUCAGCGCACGGUUAAUUGGAAUCAAGGCCCUGGAAAUCAAGUUUAGCGAUAUCUGCGGACUGAUCAGCUCAAGCGGGAUAUCUGCGAUUUCGGCACGGUUGAAAUUACCCCAGAAUUCCUUGACACUUUUCUUGAAAAAUUGUCGAGACUUGAUCGUUCAAGCCAAUGAAGGUAGCCUCACUCGCAUCGUUAUUGUGGCAACCCUCUCAUUUGCCAAAGUCGCCCAGAUGGACAGGUGGUAUCAUCGCACCCAUCCAGAAGAAACACCAAAUGACCCUCAUCUCAAAGAAGGAUACAAGGGCCUAGAAAAUCUCGAAAAUCGCGCUGAAACCACCCGCAAUCUCCUCGACGCUGCGUUGAAACUAUGCGACAGACUAGAGAAUUUCCCUGAACUCCAAGAGAAGGUGCAGGAAAUGGCUCGCCUCUACGAAGGACCGCGGUACGAGGAAGUGACUCUAAAAGAACUUCACUCGAUUAAAACGGCCAUGGUCAGCGGCCGACGAGGAAUCGCCACUCAUUCUGGGCAUUGGUACAACUGCGUCAACGGGCAUCCGUUUGCUAUUGGGGAAUGCGGUAUGCCGAUGGAGCAAGCUAGAUGUCCUGAAUGCGGAGCGCCUAUUGGUGGGCAAAACCACACGGCUGUUGAGGGUGUAUCACGAGCGAGAGAGAUGGAGUAG